CCCCAACCGGAAGUAUCCUUGUUGUUCCUGCUCCGGCAGAUCACAGGGCGAAUGAGAAAAUCAAUUAAGUUAUGAAAAAUAGCAUUAAUUGCCUUUCUUUGUCGCCGAGGCUCAUGAAGAAAUGGCGGAUCUCCAGACGUGGAGCACUCCCGGAGAGCCGAGCCGCAGCUAAUGGGGCGCACUGCGGCGACAAACACGCCACUCGGGGGGAGGAGUACUUUCUCUUUUUAGAAUUCCUUGGAAAUCCCUACGCUGGUGUGAUGGUUGUGGAAGUCUGCAGGAAGACGUUUCAAACAAAGGAGAGGCUGACUGGAAGAUGCCAAGAAAAAAACAGCAGAAUCCACAGUCAGUCAAGUCGGAUUCUAAAGAUGUUGUAGCUGCCGAAACUCCAGGAAACCUCGCAUUAGACACAGACUUCCUUCUAGAACACGACCUUCACUUUGCUGAUCCUUAUCGUGACGACAAGUUUCUGGGCCUGGAAAAGUUCUCAGAGGUAGCUGCUGAGAUCGGUUUCUCUGUGUAUCCUCUGUGUGAUGAGGACAACCCCGACUGCAGCCAGCUCAGCAUGGAUAGCGAAACGGAAAACUCCCACAGCAGCACACCCGACAACGUAAGGGAGGAUGAGGGCCACAUGGGCCGCUCCGAGGCCACCUUCCCCCCUUAUCUGUCCUGCCGGGGCUGCGGCCAGCUCCGCGACGACCCACUAGGACACCUGGUGGGUCCUUACUGCCUGCGCUGCUGCAAAGCCGCCAGGGACGCCAAAAACACGGACUUCGCUUACGGAAGCCUGAGCGGGAUUCACCCCCACUCGCAGCUUGACGGGAUCCCCAACGGCAUGGGCGACGGGGCGCUGUCGGGCGACGACAAGGCCAAGCUGCACUCGUGCCACCAGUGCGGCUUCUCGUCUCGCUACGCCAACCACGUCAAGCGCCACAUGAAGACGCACAACGGCGAGAAGCCCUUCAACUGCCCCAUUUGCGCCUACGCCUCGGCACAGCUCGUCAACCUGCAGCGCCACCUGCGCAUCCACACGGGCGAGAAGCCCUACAAGUGCGAGAGCUGCGCCUUCGCCUGCAGCUCCCUCGGCAACCUCAAGAGGCACCAGCGCAUGCACACGCCCAAUGCCGGCGGGCCGGGAGGGCAGGACGCGGCGCUGAGACCCAGCGGCGGGUCCAGCGCCCUCAAGAGUCACAUGACCGGCCAGAGAACCAGUGAGGAGGAGGAGGAUGAAGCUGCCAAGGAGGUUGCAGCAGCCUCAGCUCACCUGAGUCUAGCAGUCCAGAAUGCAGACUACCUCUCAGUUCUUGAGAGCCUAAAAGGGGGGUCGCCACAGCCCACGCCUUCCUCCACCCCGGCCCUCGGCGGCAGGUCAGGCAGAGGCGGCGGCAGCGCCCCCGUGUCCUCGUCCCUCCCUUACACGUGCCGCCUGUGCGGUGUGGUUCUGGAAGACGAGGACGGCUCGUCGGCCCAAAUCUGUGCCAAGUGCACGUUGGAGAUGCUGACCAAAGACUCGUCGUCGUCGCCCGGCAGCCCUGUGGAGCGCACCGAUAAAGUGUACACGUGCGCCGCCUGCCCCUUCCUCACGCACUACCCCAACCACCUGGCCCGCCACAUGAAGACGCACAGCGGCGAGAAGCCCUACAAGUGCCCGCAGUGCGACUACGCCUCGGCACACUUCGACAACCUCAAGCGCCACCACCGCGUGCACACGGGCGAGAAGCCCUACAAGUGCCACCUGUGCGAUUACGCCUGCGGAAACCUGGCCAACCUCAAGCGGCACCAGCGCGUGCACUCGGGCGCCAAGCCUUUCCAGUGCGCCAUCUGCAACUACAGCUGCAACCAGAGCAUGAACCUCAAGCGCCACAUGCUGCGGCACACGGGCGAGAAACCCUACAAGUGCCAGGAGUGCGGCUACACCACGGGGCACUGGGACAACUACAAGCGGCACCAGAAGAAGCACGGCCUGGCCACCGACGGAUGGGUCAAGGUGCCCAUGACCGGAGGCCGGGACCAGGAGGAUGUGGCCAAGGGGGCGAGGGGCGGUGCGGGGGCGGCCGCGCACAUGGCGAGAGAAGGCGCUCAGACGUUGCAGCACUCGUGCUACAAACUGGAAAUGGUCUAAAGACUUUUUCUACAGAGCCUUUAUAUCCUCUCUUGUCCCAACAUUGUGAUGCCUUUCGGGUGGACUCUUCUGUCUUUUGUCGCUGUGCUUUGUGUCCAUCCCGCUACGUUGCUGUCCUUUACUUCCAGCAUUUAAAGACAAAUACUCCCGAGGGAGUGGUGCAUGAUGCUUUUUGCCUAAAAAAACAAAAACAAAAACAUAACACUACACAAUAAGUAAGGGUACAUGCGUCCUUGAACGCAUCAUUCUCUGUUUGCAUUGGCACUCUGGUGACGGCGUGCCUUGGAAUGAACUGCUAGCAAAGAAGUGCUUCUUAACGCCACUGGAAUUGUUUUAUGGGCGAUGCAGAAAUAAAACUAUUUUAAGCCCCUCAAGACUAUUAUUAAGAGUUGAUUUAAAUUUGAGGUGGUGUCCUAAAUGUUUGUGCUUUAUAUGGGGUUGUUUGUGUCCCCCUUUAUGUUCCGACUGUGAAAUCAACCCAUUGUUUACUUGACAAAACAAAAAAAUGGCAUUAGAAAGUAAGCAUGUGUGUAACAAUUAUUUUUCUAACAGUAUUACUCAAUAUAAAUAUACAGUAUUGGAUGGUUUUCAGUGGAUGUGCCAUGUAGUUUCCCCCUGUAAGAAUUAAGUUUAUUAUUAUGAAAAGUUCAUUAUUAUAAUUGUAUGCAAGGGAAAUUUGUCCAGUUCCGUGUCCUUAUGCAGUGUCUCAUCAAUGCCUUAAAACCAGGACUUUACAAUAAAGAUUAUUGCAUUGAAUG